CGUGAGCCGCCGUUCCUCGCUGUUGCCAUGGAUACGCACCAGUCAACAAUCCUUCUUCCGCCCGAAACCAACACGGAGUUCUCGCUAAGCGGCGUCAAAGCCAACCAAGAAGCUGUUCAAAAAUGAUUGAAAUGACGGCUAAGAGCAGAAAGGUGCUGCACGCCCAGGUGGAGGCGCUCUCGAGAAAAAUUGACCGAUUCAAUAAAGUAGAGCUCGAGAAACUGAUUCUGAUGUUUAACAACCUUAUGAUGGAGCAGAACAGCCAGGGGCGACCGGCAAACGGCCUGAAAAGAGGCAAGUUUAGAGGCCUGCUGCAGAGCACCUUUGAGAUGACCAACGGCCUAAUGAUGGACGGAGUUUUCAGGAGUUUUGACAAAGAUGGUGACGGUGUCAUCAUUCUGGAAGAGUGGGUCAGAGGACUUGCUGUUUUUCUUCGUGGGACUCUUGAAGAAAAAAUGAAGCACGCCUUUCGAGUGUAUGACUUAAAUAAUGACAAGUACAUCUCCAAAGAUGAGAUUUUUCACAUGCUGAAGCACAGCUUCAUCAAGUGGCCUAGUGAGGAGGAUCCAGAAGAAGGAAUUAAAGAUGUGCUUGAGAUGACAAUGAAGAAGAUGGACCUGGAUCACGAUGGCCUGCUGUCUUAUGAGGACUUUGAAAAAUCAAUACUAGAUGAGAACCUUUUCCUUCAGGCAUUUGGACCCUGUCUCCCAGACAACACGGUUAUUGACAAGUUUGACCAGCUUGUAUUUAAGGAUCCAGAGCAAUGAAACAAUUCAUAUCAGUGUAAACUUUCAACUGUGACUUUAAUAAAAGUCUUAGUAUCUA